AUGGCUGAGCUCCGCCGAAAGCUGGUCAUCGUCGGUGACGGUGCCUGUGGUAAAACUUGUUUAUUGAUCGUUUUCUCCAAGGGAACGUUCCCUGAGGUCUACGUCCCCACCGUUUUCGAGAACUACGUCGCCGAUGUCGAGGUUGAUGGAAAGCACGUCGAGUUAGCCUUAUGGGAUACAGCUGGUCAGGAAGACUACGAUCGUCUUCGACCUUUGUCUUACCCUGACUCUCACGUCAUCCUAAUCUGCUUUGCUGUCGACUCUCCCGAUUCUCUGGACAACGUUCAGGAGAAGUGGAUUUCUGAAGUCCUUCACUUCUGCCAAGGCCUGCCUAUCAUCCUCGUUGGCUGCAAGAAGGAUCUGCGCUACGACGCAAAGACAAUUGAGGAGCUCCGCAAGACUAGCCAGAAGCCUGUCUCCCCUGAGGAGGGUGAGGACAUUCGCAAGAAGAUUGGUGCCUACAAGUACCUUGAGUGCUCAGCCAAGACGAACGAAGGUGUCCGAGAAGUUUUCGAGCACGCUACUCGCGCGGCUCUACUGUCUCGUAAAAGCCAGAAGAAGCACUCUAAGUGCUUAGUCCUUUAA